GUGAGGUAAAAAUAAUAAUUUUGAAACAAGUAUAUAACGGAGUAAUAGUUUUAAAGAUAGUCAAAGAACACACAGGAUUUUUGAUUUCAAGUUCAAUAGCCGAUAUUCGCAAAGGACCCACACAACACACUAGAACGCUUCUAAACACACACGUCACACGCAUACCAGUUGCCAAUGCAAAUGACGGUCGGAGUUUUGCAAAAUUCCUCAGAAAUCCGCACUUAUUUCGGGUGCAUGUUUGCUCAGGUGCGCGUUUGCAGUGUUCCUAUCAUUGCCGGCCCGUCUUAGAAAGCCGUGCCGUCUUUUAGCCUCAUCGAACGACAUACACACAUCGUAGUGCAUCGUGGAGUCGACGAGUGCUUGAAAUGAAAGUUGCUAUCCCGUUGCUGCUGUUUGUGACGCUACUUGUGGCGGGCCGACUAUGUCAGAGCGUCCCGGACGGUGCAGAAGACGACACCGAGGAGUUGUUCUGUAGCAACCCGAACGAGGAACCGCUAGAAUGUGGCCCAGCCUGUGGGGAUCGAACAUGCAGCAAUCAGCGAAGAAACAACGUGCUCUGCACGAGGCAAUGCAUUCCGGGAUGCUUCUGCAAGGGAGGUUAUGUGCGAAACUCGCGCAACAUGUGUAUACCCUCGUUUAUGUGCUUUACGGGAUGAUAUGUACAUACGUAGUUGAAUAAUCAUAAGUAGUAUUAGGAAUGUGUGAUAAAAUCAAAAUAAACACGUGAGCAACAACUAUUGAGUAGACUGUUUUUUUUAAACAUACGUAAAUCAUAGUUUUGAUAGCACUAAUAUGUCGAAAGAACACUUCUGACAGAGCUGUUGAACCGCAAUAGUAACAGGUUAAAGUCCCGGGAAA